AUGUUAUAACUAAAUAGAAAUAAUUAGUUUGAUUCGUAACCUUAGCAGCAAUAGCAAUUUUAGUAAAAUAUUGAAUUAGCUAACUAGAAUUCUAGGUUAUAACCACCAUAAAAUAUUGGAAAGCCUGAUGAUAAAGGUUAACCUAAUCAGGAAGAUAAAUAAGUUAAAGGCGAGCUUAAAAAAAUUCAGCUUCCAUCUUAGUUAAGAAUUUAAAAUAGAAUUAAUCUGACCUAACUUGUAAGAAGUGAUUUUUAUUCAGAUUUAGAUAGAAAGGCAGAUUAUGAAGAAAUAACAUCUGAAAUAAAGAAGGAAGGUUUUUUGGGUUUAUCUAAAAUUAUUAUGGAAGAGAUAGAUGAUUCAAUUAUUGCCAGGAAAGCAUUUUUAGAAGGAAGAAGCGAAUAAGAGCAAAAAGGUUUGAAGGAUGAACUUUUAAGCAAAAACCGCCCAAAAUCUGAAAUGGAUGAUUUAUAAAAAAAAGAUGGUUUAUAUGUAACAGACUAAAGUCAAUGGCUCUACUUACUUGAAGAGCAAUUAUAAAAGUAGCGCAUGAAAGAUAAUGACAGAUUUUUAAUGAAAUUUUUCAAGAAAAAUGGUGAUUUAGUCAUUGAUUAAGAGUUUUUUGAUGAAAAGAUUUCUAAAAUAAGAGUUAUCUCUCAGAGACCUAACUAGUCUUUGGCUAUAAAAAGAAGACCUGCAGUAAUGUGUGAAAGAUUGAAUUAAAAUAAACAUAUACCUUAUCGUUUGAGAGUUUACGUAGGGAAAAUUUAAAUUACUAAACACUUCAAAAUGGUUACUGAAGAGAUUUCCAUCUAAGAAUUAAUACAAAAAGUAAAUGAAUAUAAACAAAGAUGCGAUCUGGCUCUUAUUCCUCACUAUGACUAAGCUAUAAAAGUUAUAGAAAAUGAAAUUGCUUAUCUUGAACAUUCAGCCAUGAAACAACCUAAAAAAUAGAUUGCUAUUCUUGAAAAUGAAAGAAACAAAUUAUAAAGAUUGGUUGCAGAUGAGGCAAACCUAAUCAAAGGUUUGAUUGAUGAUAUAAUUGAAAGAUGGAAAUAAAUCUAAAUAAAUAGGUAAACUUUAAAUAGAGUUAACAAUCCUAUCAAGUUGUAUGCCAAGUAAUAUAGAAAUGCCGAUAAUGGCUAGGAAAUUGAAUUCGUUUUAGUUAAAGAUAAUUAUACAGAUGAUAAAGAAGUUGACAGAUCUGAAGUAGGAAGACGUAAUACUAUUAGAAAAGAAAAAAUUUUUGUUUAGCUAUUGGUUAAUGGUUAAGAGGCAGGUUAGAGUUAGGCAUAUCCUAUAGACUGGCCUAGCUUUGAAGUUAAGAUUAUGGAAUAAUUUUAUAUUUUACUUUUUACACGCCCAAAAUCAAUGCAGCUAAGAAUCGUUCAGGAUGGUGUAGUAAGCAAAAUUAUAGAUGUAAUUGAUUUAGAAAUUCCAGGAGAUAAAUCAAAAACCAUCACAGCCACAUCUUAGGUUUUGAGUGAAGUAGAAUUUUGCUAAGGAUAGAGUGCCAGAAGGGCUUAAAAGCUCUAAGAAAUAGAAAACGAAAAAAAGAAACUCCUACUAAAAGCAAAGCAGGAUGAAAUUGCAAGAGAGUAGCUUAAAAAGUAAGAAAUCAUGAUGGCUAACAGCAAGAAGAAAGCUAAAAAAGAUGAAAAUUAAGAAAAGUAAUAGCAAGAAGAAGAUCCUAAUAAAUAAAAUGUUGUUGAAGAAUAAAUUUUAACUCCUUAAUAGCUAGAAGAAAAGAGAAAGGAAGAAGAAAAGAAAAUGAUUUAACAAAAGAUGGAAUAGCUACAAUUACAAGAAUAAAAAGCUAGAGAUAGUGCUACUCAUAGGGGUAAGGUUAGUGUUCUUUGUGAAUGGACUGGUUAGGGUGAUAAGAUGCCUCCUCAUAAUAUUGAUAACUUUGGUAAAGGAUUAGCAACAAAUUAAGAUCUUAUGCUUGCAUUUAAAGAUCCAAACGAUGAAGUGAAUAAAAUUAUCGAAGAUUUUGACGAUGAUGGAUUUCACUUUGAUGUGAAUGACCCAAGAAAUGAACUCUAAAUUGAAAAGCUCAGAAAUAUAAGAUUCAAAGACUAAAGAGCAAAAGUACUUAGAGACAUAUUUUUACCGUUUGCUCAUAUUGAUUCACUUAGAGAGAGGCUUAUAAAAUGCAGCUUGAUAAACCCUGAUAUCACUUACAUCCCUAUGAAAGAAGAUGAAAUCUAUAACAAUACUGAAUUGAUGAAAUUAUUAGAAAAAACAGAGUAAGGAUUGUAUUUGCAAGAAGAAUUGCUUUUGGAGGAAUAAAAAGACGAUAAAAAGCCCAUGUUCUUAGAAAAUGUUGCAAUCACAACAAAAGAAGUAUUUGAAUAUCAAAAGGUAGAAACCAAAAAGCGUAUUGAAAACAUUAAAAGAAUUCUAUUAAAAAGAUAAAAAUUUGCACUUCUGAGAAAGCAAAAUAAUAAAGAUGGAGCUCCUCUAACUCUUAAAAAUGUCGUUAAUGAAUACAUUAUCGGAGAAAAUGAAAUCGUUAUAUUUGAACUUAUCAAAUAAUGUUUCACACAAUAGAGAAGAUUGUAGCCCAAAAAAAAGAAAGAAGAAAAAAUCAGGCUUUAGGACAUUAAAGAUGGUAUCAAUAUCUUGUUCCAUGUUUCACAUGGUACUAAUGUUCCCCUUAGAGAUGAUGAUAAGACAAGGGAGCAAAUUAAUGCACUCAUUAAGACUAGAACUAAUUAAUUCAUGAUGCCAUAAUAUGGCUAAUUCGGAUAAUUCGGCAUGGGGUAAAUGUAAAUGAUGGAACCAUAAAAGAUGGUAGACUAAAACAUGAAUAAAGAAAAAAGAGUUGAUUUUAAGAAUCUGCAAGAUCUUGAAAGAGUUAACUCUUUUAUUUAGAUCAAACUUGUUUUUGAGAAAUAAGAAUACUUUAUAGAAUCAAAGCCAUUCGAAGGAAACAAUCCCGAAUGGAGUUCAGAUAGAGCCUUAUUCUUACCUCAAUUCCAAAAUAAAAAGCUUUCAAAUUAUGAGCUGUUUGACUCGUCAAAUCGCUUAAUAGUAACUUUGUUUGAUAAAAGAUAUAUUCGUAGAUUUGGUAGAGAAAACAAAAAGAAACAGAUUAAAACUGAGCAUGAUUUCUUUUUAGGAAGUGUAUCUAUUCCUUUGUACACCUUAUUUUAAAAUUAGAAGUUUUAAGCCACAUUUAGAUUAAGCAGACCCGUAAUCAUCCUAGGCUACUAUACUGAUAAUACUAGUUUGCUCGGUUUAGAUUAACAAGAUAUGAAUCCACUUGCACAAGAAAUAAGAAAUUCUAAAGUCAGAAUAGAUCCUAGUAUUCCAACAACUGUGAGUCUCUCCAUACAUAUAGAUCCCUUUAUAGAAGUUAUUUAAGAAAAUGACGAUAUCUUUUAUGGAGACGGAUAAGAUUAAAGACUAGAAUAUUACUCUGUUAAAUGGCUAGAAGAUUACAGAAAAAAUAAAAACUUUGCAAAAAGACAUGUUAAAAUCUUCGGAAAUGAUAUUGAAUAAAAUUCAUUUUAUUUACCAAGAUAUCUCACUAAGCUAGCUCCACCAAAUCUCUUUUCUUAGGGUUUAAAAAUAGAUCAUAAAGAUUUAAAGAGUGAUUUGCAUGCAAUUGAAAAAGUUGCACGUUUUGUAUCUCUAAUUCCAUUUAAAAAUGAUACAGAAUUGUUUAAAGAUAUCCCAGAUGUCCACUGUGAUUCUCAAUAAUUCAUAGAUUUAAAGGGAGGUGAUUUCGAAGAGCAUGCUUUCUUGUUAUGCAACUACUUUAACUAUAUAGAUUACUACAGUGGUAGAAUUAAUUAUAAGAGCUAUGUAAUUUUAGGUCAUGCUAUACCUGAAGGAAAGACAUUUUAUGUAUUAAGAAGAGAUUGUUAAAAUAAUAAGGUCGAAAUAUGGAAUCCUUCUACAGGUGAGCCAUUUGUAAUGACGACAGAAAUAAAAGGGACAACAUUUAUGUGCUUUACAAUAGGUAAAAAUAAAUAGUCAGUUAUCCAGAGAUAUGAUAAAGCAUGUCCCCUUUAUGAUGUUGGUUGUGUAAUUGAUGAAAAAAAUAUUUAUGCUAACAUUCAGUCAAGCAGUGCUCCUGGCUAAAUAGACUGGAAUAUAGAAAAUCAGAAGCUAUGGAGACCAUUCUUAAAUGACAAGCAAAUAGAAACAAUAUUUGGUGAAUAAGGUAUAGAACCUAUUUAUAAAAAUGAAGAUGCUUUGUAAUAUGAAGUCACUCCAUAAAAACCAAUUGAUUAGUUAUCUAUUACGAUAUAAAACUACAUAUAAAAUAGAAUUACUGAGUUAAGAGGGGUUAGAGUAAAUGUUCAUUAGGAAUAUAGAAGUAUAAUUAAAGAUUAAUUACUUGUCUAAUUAGAAUCAAUGAAAUAUAGACUCAGAUUCUUUGGUUAAGGAACUGAAUUAAGUAACUAAAUAGAUAAUAUAAAUCCAAUAUAAUCAAAUCCUAUGGGUGGAUAAGGUUUCCCUGGUGCUCCGGGUUAAGGAUUCCCUGCUCCAGGAAGCUAACCUAAUGAACACAAUAGCGAUUUAAAAAGAAAAUUUUAAAGUGCAAUACAAACCUUAGAAUAAAUUUAAAGUCAAUUCGAAGAAUUUAUUCCUGCUACUAAAUAAUUGUAUGGAUUUCCAUUAAAUAUACCAUUUACAUCAAUCGAAAAAGUUUGGGAAGAAAUAAAAUAAACCGGAAUUCAUGAAAUUCUUAAAAAAGAUAUAGAAUAUCUCUUAGAUACUAAGUGCUAUUGCUAUCCCAACUUUAUUAUAUCAGUUUGGGUAUUUGUAGGUGUAAUAUACGAAGAUUGA